AUCAUUCCCGCGCGCACCCGGCCCAAUGACCCGGAAGCACUCUCUGCCCCGGUUUCCGGCUCCGAGUCCCUGCUUCUGCGCCUGCGCGCCGAGGCGGCUGGGAUGCCGGCGAUCUCCACUACAGAAGAAAGAUGGCGGUUGAUGGGCCAGAGCAGAUGGAGCUGGAAGAGGGGAAGGCAGGCAGUGGACUCCGCCAAUAUUAUCUGUCCAAGAUUGAAGAACUCCAGCUGAUUGUGAAUGAUAAAAGCCAAAAUCUCCGGAGGUUGCAGGCACAGAGAAAUGAGCUUAAUGCAAAAGUUCGCCUGUUGCGGGAGGAGCUACAGCUGUUGCAGGAGCAGGGCUCCUAUGUGGGGGAAGUAGUCCGUGCCAUGGAUAAGAAGAAAGUGUUGGUUAAGGUGCAUCCUGAGGGCAAGUUUGUUGUAGACGUGGACAAGAACAUCGACAUCAAUGAUGUGACACCCAACUGCCGGGUGGCUCUAAGGAAUGACAGCUACACUCUGCACAAGAUCCUGCCCAACAAGGUAGACCCACUGGUGUCACUGAUGAUGGUGGAGAAGGUGCCAGAUUCCACUUAUGAGAUGAUUGGUGGACUGGACAAGCAGAUCAAGGAGAUCAAAGAAGUCAUCGAGCUGCCUGUUAAGCAUCCUGAACUCUUUGAAGCACUGGGCAUUGCACAGCCUAAGGGAGUGCUGCUGUAUGGACCCCCAGGCACUGGGAAGACACUAUUGGCCCGGGCUGUAGCUCAUCAUACAGACUGUACCUUUAUUCGUGUCUCUGGCUCUGAAUUGGUACAAAAAUUCAUCGGGGAAGGGGCAAGAAUGGUGAGGGAGCUGUUUGUCAUGGCACGAGAACACGCUCCAUCUAUCAUCUUCAUGGACGAAAUCGACUCCAUCGGCUCCUCACGGCUGGAGGGGGGUUCUGGGGGGGACAGUGAAGUGCAGCGUACCAUGCUGGAGCUGCUCAACCAGCUAGAUGGCUUUGAGGCCACCAAGAAUAUCAAGGUUAUCAUGGCUACUAAUAGGAUUGACAUCCUGGACUCGGCUUUGCUUCGCCCAGGGCGCAUUGACAGAAAAAUUGAAUUCCCACCCCCUAAUGAGGAGGCUCGCCUGGACAUUUUGAAGAUUCAUUCUCGAAAAAUGAACCUGACCCGGGGGAUCAACCUGAGAAAAAUUGCUGAGCUCAUGCCAGGAGCAUCAGGGGCUGAAGUGAAGGGUGUGUGCACGGAAGCUGGCAUGUAUGCCCUACGGGAACGGCGAGUCCAUGUCACCCAGGAGGACUUCGAGAUGGCGGUAGCCAAGGUCAUGCAGAAGGAUAGUGAGAAAAACAUGUCCAUCAAGAAGCUAUGGAAGUGAGGUGGAUGGUCCGUGUAGAUCCUCAAAUAAAGCUCUGCAGGACAAGGCCUUUAGGACUUCGGUUUAUUAAUGAGUGGCCGCACUGUUCAAUGACCAGGUCUGGGCACCACCAAUAAACAAGGAUUUAUUUGGAAA